CUAAAAGUAAGUGAGAAUUAUCUCCCGCUUUUCAAGGUGAAGCACAAUAUUAAACACAACAGUGAAAAAUGGCAACAAAUUUGUCGUCGAAGAUUUUUCAACAUCUUCGUCUAUCAAGCCGCUUAAUAGGAUCAAGGGCUAGCUCUAAUGUAACAGUUUCAAGUGGCUCAGAAGUGGAGAACAAGGAAUCAACAAACAAAGACAUCACCAUCACUGUCAAUGAGAAGAUCGACAUCUCAGCUAUCAGUGGAGUUCCUGAAGAACACAUCAAAACACGGACAGUGAGAAUUUUUGUCCCAGCUCGCAAUGCCAUGCAGUCUGGCAGCUAUAACACACGCAGGUGGCGCAUGGAGUUUGAUGAAAGAGAAAGAUGGGAGAAUCCUUUGAUGGGAUGGAUCUCUACAGGGGACCCUUUGUCAAACACUGAAGUCAACUUCUGCAGCAAAGAAGAUGCCAUCGCCUUUUGUGAGAAAAAUGGAUGGAGUUGGUUUGUAGAAGAGGAAAAGAAGAAAACCAAACUGCCCAAGAAGUCGUAUGGUGCUAACUUCUCCUGGAACAGCAGGACUCGUGUUUCUACUAAAUAAACUUUUCUUGUUUGCAUUGUAUUGUUUGAACAGAAGAGAAGUAGACUUGAUUUCGUUAAGACUUAGACAAAUUUGCUUUAAUCAUUGGAUUAAAGAAUUAUGAAAAUA